ACUGCAGCGAUGGCGGAGAAUAAGCUCAGUUCUCCGCGUUUCACAUCCAUUUAGACGGUCCACACCCAUGGCCGCCGGGAAGUAUUGGGCUGUGCAGCUUCUCAUCUUCGACCGAAGAUAAGUAUCUCCUCCUCGCCUCAGGAAUUGUUGGUUUUUGUCCAUUCGAUAGACCCUCAUCUAUUGAUCCUUCUGUCUCAUUAUUAGAACGACUAUUAGAACGAAUUUUCUUACCUGCCUUCUUCCUUCUGUCAUAGCAAUUGGAGCUGGCCUCCUCCCUAUAUCUUAAUUGAUAGUGUCUAAUAGACACCAGCCCCCCACCACACCACCUUCCUGCUCUGGCAGCAGACAAGAUGUCUUUCGACUACUCAUUCUCGUUUGGGCCAACCACCCCGCCGUCCUUCUCCUUCGAGGAAGCUCUCAAUGAUGCCUCCUUCACUGUCGGGCACACCCGAUCAAGCUCACACGCUUCCUCACUGUACUCCCAAGAGUCGUCACCUGACUCCGUCAACACUCAAUUGACCACUCCGGCCAGGUCUCCCAUCCGCCAACAUGGGCCAUUGCUGCUACCAAAGAUCCGUCCUCAGGAUCAGGAGAUCCAUUCUCCUCCCAAGAGAUCUAAGAAGACUCCCAUGAAGACAAACACCAAUCCUUCCAACGCCGUCUUCAGACCAUCACAUCAGAGAAGCUACACCAACCCCGAGUCCAUCUCUUUCUUGCCACAGCAAGAUAACAUCCCAUCACACACCCGUUCAAUGUCUACGUUGUGCUCUCCAAUCUCCUUUACCCAACAACCCAACAACGAGAGACGAGCAUCAAGUGUCGGUCUCGACAGCCAAAGCCUGGGCAAAUAUGGCUUCCCUACCUACCGCCAGCUUCCCACCUACACUCCUUCAGCCACCAACCCACAGACCGAGACCUUCAUGGCGCAGAACUUCUACCACACUCCUCAACGUACGCCUUCACCACUUCACCAGAACCUUCUCUUGGACGACAUGGCCGUCGGUCCCAUCGACGACGGCACGACCACAACCCUAAUGGCCUAUCUAACCUCCCCCAACCCAGCCCCAGCGCUAGUCCGACAACUCAACAUCCACGUCCGCGACACAAACACCAAGCACUUCUGGUGGGACAUCCGGCAAAUCCGUCCCUGGACAACCUUCACUCCAACAACUAUAAACUCAAUCCCGGGCCUCCAAGCCCUCCUCUCCAUCGCCCUUCCAACCCUAACCUUCCCAACACCACCCCGCACCUCUCUCCAACCCGAUACCGAAACCGAGCUCCAAAGCAUCUACACCUCCUUCUACGCUACCAAGCUAAACGCUGCGCUAUCGCUAUCGCUCGGGCCAAGACAUCUCGUCAUGCGCCCCUCAAAAGGCAGCGCCGACGCCUCAUUCGUCUCAAACUACACAGACGACACGUCCCAAAUGAUCUACGGGCGAGGUCUCGGCCGCGUCGUCGGGCUGGUCAAGUCUUUUGAUCGAUGGAACACGGGCAUGCGCGUCGAAGGCAACCACCGGAAAGUCGAGUACCUGCGGGGCCUCGCGCACCUGCACCGCCACAUGCGGGAACACGGCUGUCGGUAUGGGUUCAUCAUCACGGAGAUCGAGCUUGUCGUUGUGCGCAAUGGCGGCGAGACCGUUCCCCAUUUCGGGUACUUGGAGAUCCAGACGAUCCAACUCGCUACGCACGAUUCUCAGACUUGCACGUUUGAAGAAGUCGAGGGUUCUUUUGUAGAUGCAGGGGAAGAGAAUGUGGUGGAGAGGAAGCAGAAGAUGACUGCGUUGUUGGCGUUGUGGUAUUUGCAUAUGCUGGCGAGAGAUGAUGUGUUGCCUGGACAAGUUGGCUGGAGGAGCGAGAUUGGAGCGCCGGCGGAGGGAACCAGGAGGAAGUGUUUGCCGAAGGAUGAGUGGAUUCCAGAGCCGCAGUUGGCGGUUGGACGAAAAGAGCUUGGGAAGAGGGGAGUCAGAUACAAUUGUUAGAUGUGGCUGCUGCUGGUCAGCUGCCACGGUGGUUGGCCGGUUAUGAUGUGAUGAAUGAACGGAUGGUGGGCGGGCUCGUGUUGGAGAUAUGAUUUAUUUGCUUAUAAUAAUUCAAUGGAUUGACCAAAACAUGUUGCUUCUCUCGAUUCGUAAACCGGGUUGGUGGGAUUUGUUUCGAUUUAGGGGCAUGUUUUUAUUUUGCUCCUCACGUGUCUUCACGUGCACGGCCUGGCGCUUUCCUGUAGGCCUUAUAUAUUGAAAUAAGCAAUUUUGUCAAUAAGAAGUCUCUAGUCGUAAG